AUGCUCCGCACACGCCUCACGUCGACGUUGGCUGCCGUCGCCGCCGAGGCCAGACCGAGCCUCCACGACAUCCCUGUCGCGCCCGAGACAGGCUUUGGGCCAUUGCGCAGCAGCUACGCCUCAUUUGCCGAGAACGACGGGUUCCGCCUGCUCUUUGAGCGCUUCCACAAGCUCCACGCGUCGCUCGGGCCGAUCUUCCGCCUCCGCUUCCUUCCGUUCCAAUCGUACACGGUGAGUAUCUCGGACCAAGACGCAGUCGCCGAGAUCUACCGACACGAAGGCGCCAUGCCGCAGCGUCAGACCUUUGGCUUUUGGAAGCUGUACCGGGACGAACGCAAGUUGCCAGUGGGCUUGGCCAACACCAACGAGUACGCCUCGUGGAAGAAGUAUCGGGCGAGCUUGAGCGCCCAUCUGCUGCAGCCGCACAACGUCAGCACGUGGGUGCCGCGCAUCGACGCUGUCGCAAACGACCUUGCCGCGCGGGUCUGUGCCCAAGCGACUGCGUCGUCGUCGGGCCAUGUGACCAUGCCGCUAUUGACCAAAGCCUAUGCUCUCGAAGCCGUCUCGUCGCUAGUCUUUGGAAAGCGCAUCGGGUGCUUGUCGCCUGACCACUUGACGCCGAUCGCUCCAACAGCCCAAGCGUUGAUUGACGUCGUUGACGGCUUCUUCGCGACCUCUCAGAAGCUAAUGGCGGUGCCUCCGGAGAUGCCGCAUUUCGUGUACAAGCUCAUGCCGGUCUAUAAGGAGCACGUGGCAUAUGCCGAUGCUAUCUUUCGCUUUGGCCAUGAAAGGAUGGCCGAGAAGCUUGCGUCGACCGAGGUCACAGCACCCGACUUGCUCACGAUGUUUCUUCAGCGUCCCGAGCUCAACGAGGAAGAAGCGGUCACGCAGGCGAUCGAAGUCCUCGUCGGUGGCAUCGACUCGACGUCGAUUGCGCUGGUCUGGUCUCUCUACUGCAUUGCGACGUCGCCCAACAGCCGCGAGAUCCAACGCAAAAUCCGCGCCGAGGUCGACGCUGCGCUCGAUGGCGCGACCGAGUUGGACGCGGCCGCGCUCGAGAAGCUCUCGUACAUUCGAGCAGUUGUCAAGGAAACCCUCCGCUUGUACCCGGCGGUGAACCCAAACCACCGAUUCCUCUCCCAGGACAUGACGCUUCUCGGCUACGACCUCCCCAAAGGCACCAGCGUCAUGAUGGCGACGUACACUAUGAGCCGCGACCCGGCCGUGUUUGACGAGCCAGAGACCUUCAAGCCCGAGCGCUGGCUCGACCGGGACCAUGCGUCAACGGCAGCGCGGAAGAAGAAGGCGUACUCGACGCUGCCAUUCGGUAUGGGCUCGCGCAGUUGCCUUGGCCGUCGCUUGGCCGAGACCGAAAUCUACCUCGCUCUCGCACACCUUGUCCGCCGCAUGGAGAUGCAGUGGAUCCCGGAGGAAGAGCACCCGAAACCUAUCUUAUCUACACUGCUCGUGCCCAACAAGCCGUUGACACUGCGCUUCGAGCCCUGGGCGACCUAG